AAAAAUAGUUUACGUUUAUGUAAAGAUUUUAGUAAAGUUUGACGUUGAUUUUCGAGGAUAUUAUGUUUUAUAAUCUAUGAUGGAAACCCUAAUUACACAAAAAUGUAACUAUUACACCCGUAAAAAUUACAAACGACACAUAAAAAAAUAUGUCGGUCCGCACGGUAAAUUUUAAACAGAGCCAAAUUCGAACCAAACCGGAAACAGAAACUCCCACAAAAAAGUCUGUUGCUCAGCCACCCUAUAAAUACAUCCUCAAACCUCGUCUCUCCACAUAAACAAAAACACAACAAACUAAAACAAACUUAAACCAGUUACUUUGUCUUGCAUCUUGGAGUGUUCUUGUUCUGUCUAAUGGGAGGCAACAGCAGUAAGCAAUUAUCUUUCUUCAGCUUCUAUAAAUCACGAAGGUCGUCUCAUAGAGUUCAAGCAGACGCCUGGGACGACGGCGUAUACACAAGGAAGGCAUGGGCCAGCGACGAGGACAAGCGAUAUUGGGUGGCUGAGCCAGGUAUUGACCGUAAAGCUUCUGCCUUCAUCGCCAGGUUCCAUGCCUCUCGUGUCUCUGAGUCCGAGCGCCAAACUCUCCCUCCUAGUCAAUCUCAUCAUAACUAGCCAUCAUCAUAAUCAUAACGAUCAUGAUGAAUUAAUUAAAAAAGAAGAAGCUAAUAGCUUAUUUAGUUUGGCUCUAUAUGUAUUUUAUCUUUUCUUUGAUGAUCAUGAUGAUGUCCUUACGAUUAUUUGUUUAUAAGAUGUC